UAUCAAUCAUAUGAUUGUAUUAAUAAUAUUGUAAUAAACUUUAAAACUAAUUGUUUUGUGUUUUUCUAUUAUUAUCCAUUGAACCGACCGUUUGGUUAACUACUAGUCUCUCUCUCUCUUUCUCUCUCUCUGUGUAUCUGUUUGUGUCUUAUAAGGAGGAAAGUGACUGUCCGUCCCAUUUGAUCCCCAAAAAAAAAAGACAUUUAGCCGCCGAUCCAUUCAUCCAUCAGUCAGUCAAUCGGUUCAAGAGAUCAGUCAAUCGGUUCAAGAGAUACGUCCGUCCCAUUUGAUCCCUGAAAAGAUAGUCAACAUUUAGCCGCCGAUCCAUCCAUCAGUCAGUCAAUCGGUACAAGAGAUCAGUCGGUCAAUCGGUUACAAGAGAUCAGUCGGUCAAUCGGUACAAGAGAUCAGUCAAUCGGUACAAAAGAUACGUCCCUCCCAUUUGAUCCCAAAAGAUAGUCAACCGCGAGAUUAGCCGCCGAUCCAUACAUUCAUCCAUCAGUCAGUCAAUCGGUUAAAUACAAGAGAUUUAUAGACCAAAAAAAAAAAUGAAACUAAAGUCACGGACAACCAAAUCAAGUGCUGGUGAUAGUAGUAGUAGUAGUCGUAGUCAUCGUAGUAGUAGUCGUCGUCGUAGUAGUACUACUAGUAGUAGUAGUAAUGAUGGCAAUGAAGUCGUCGACAAUGAAUUGGUAUUUACUCAAGAAAUGAAAGAUAUGCUGAAAUUUUUCGCUAUCGAUAUCAAAACCGAUGAGGAAGUGUCGGAUAUGACGGAUAAGACCAGACGACAGUAUUUAUGUCGACUGAAGAGAUGGCAAUCGUUGAUCAAUACGGAAAUGGACUACGAAUGCUAUCGUAUUGAGUCGAGUCUGAAAUCAAUUGAUCAGAUGGUUACCAAUACCCAGAAACUAAUGGAUCAGAUGCGUACAGAUCCGGAUGAGUUUACUAAAAAGUAUGGCAAAGAUUAUCGGAUGAAAUUGUUGUCAAUUGAACGACAAACUCAGGAGAUGUUGAAGACAGUCGACUCGGAUCGCCUGCAGUUUAAGCGUCUGAAACAAGAACUAAACGAUCGUAAACUGAUGGACGCCGAGGAAGAGGAGGAGGAGGAAAAAGAGUUGGAUAUAGACAUGAGUUGUGUUGAUAUCAAGGAUGAAGAAGAGGAGGACGAUUACGACGACGACGACGACAACAAUGAUUAUAGAGAUGCGAAAAAAGUGGCUAAAAAAGUACAGAAGAAGAAGAAAAAUGUGGUUAAAAAAGAAAUCAAAAAGGAAUUGGUCGACAACGACGACGAAGAUUUUGACGACAAAAAGAAAGUGUUGGUCGAUAUCAAACCAAAGAUCAAAAUGGAGAUCAAGACUGAAAUAAAACGCGAAUCAAUUAAACGCGAAUCGAUUAAACAAGAGGUCGUCAAACAAGAAGACGAAGAACAAGAAAUUAAGAUUAAGAAAGAAGAAGUCGAUGACGACGAAGAAGUAGGAGAAGAGAUGAUAACUCCUCAUGACUUUGAUGACGACGACGACAUCGAAUUGAGUGAUUGAUUGAUUGAUUAAGA